AUGGAAACUCCAGAACAGGAGGCUAUGGAAACUCCUGAACAGGAGGCUAAGGAAACGGUUCCGAUCGAAGCGGACGUGAAAACCAACGGCAAGCAGAAGGAGAAUGAGGAUGACUCGUCAUCAUACACCGACGAGGAAGUUGAGAGAGAGGUGGGAGAGGAUGUGAAGGAUUGUGCAGACCCGGAUGUGGAUGAGCCAGAGCAUACUAAAUUUUAUCGCUUCUACAAUGCCAUUGACAAGCGGAUGACGCUCGCGGUUUUGAAGAAUCACAUUUACUUCUACGGAUACUUGGCCGUGCAGGCACUGUUCGGUCAGGUAGAAAUAAUGGGCUACCGGUUGGAAACGGCCGAGGCAAGAACGGUCACUGCCGCGCGUGGCUACAAUGCGGUCAGUCUCAUUACAUUGCCAUCGCCGGAAUCGUUAAAUAAGGCCGCGUUCAAGAAUGUCCUGCAGAAGUUAAGACCCCAUUUCAUCGAUAUCGACAUGGACGAGCCGGACGGAAGCACCUCGCUGCCUGUGAUCUGUAACUACCUCGACGAUUUCAAUCUAUUCCCGACCCCGAUCUCGCUCGGCGUCCAAUCGCCCUUCAGCCAAACGCAGCAGCUCUUGGAGGUGGAAUUGCUGCCUCCCGACGUUACAAAGGUUCGCUCCGUUCCGCUCUUCCAGAAGAAUUCGAUCUGGGACAAGGUGCAGCUUCGCAAGUCCAGCCGAUUGAUGGUGAUCGGAGGCAAAGAUGCCGGCAAAUCGACCCUCUGUCAGUUCCUAACCAACCGGCACAUCCGAGAGUUCGGACGUAUCGUGUUGCUCGACCUGGACAUCGGGCAGCCGUUUGUUCACCUGCCGGAAACGCUCAAUGUGAGUGUGCUGACGGAUCCGAUCCUUGGGGUGGGAUACUUUGCAAAAGCUGAACCGCCUUCGCAAUGCCUACUGUUCGGAAGCGUCAACGUUGUAUCCUCCCCAGUGUUGUACAUUAAAAAUGUGCAACAAUUGGUAGAGCACUGCGAGGCAAAUGCCGAACUGAAGGACGUACCGUGGAUCGUCAACACGAUGGGAUACACUACCGGAUUCGGCGAAGAACUGAUGGCGGCCCUCAUCCAUCUGGUGCAGCCCACGGAGCUGAUACAGCUUCGAAUUCCGCGCUCGGUGAAAGUGUCCAAUAACUACGAACACGUGCAUACGGACAAAGACGUUCAGGCUUACAAGUUAAACAUUUUGUUCGACGAAAUUGCUGCGCAUCUGCGAAAGGGGUAUCAGUUGCAGUACCGGUUUCGUAAAAUCAGUGUUAAGUAUGAGCGGCCUGCAGCUCCAUUGACUAGCGUCAAACGUCGAACGCUGUCCGUCAUGACCAAGGUGAUUUUAAUUUUGAACGAUGAAACGGAAUGGUUUACCGACGUUAAACCUGUCUGGUUCUAG